UGUAAAACAAAAACCCACAACACUUAAGGUCUCAAUAAUCUAUGAAAAUGUUUCCGCGGCUAGUUUGUGUCAAUGACUAUGAACAGCAUGCUAAAUCAGUCCUUCAAAAGUCUGUCUAUGACUAUUACAGGUCUGGGGCAAAUGAUCAGGAAACCUUGGCCGAUAAUAUUGCAGCAUUUUCCAGGUGGAAGCUGUAUCCGCGGAUACUCCGGAAUGUUGCUGAGGUCGACCUCUCCACUUCUGUUUUAGGACAGAGGGUCAGCAUGCCUAUCUGUGCUGGAGCGACUGCCAUGCAGUGCAUGGCUCAUGUGGAUGGGGAGCUUGCAACCGUGCGAGCUUGUCAGACUCUGGGCACUGGCAUGAUGCUGAGCUCCUGGGCCACCUCCUCAAUUGAAGAAGUCGCAGAGGCUCGUCCUGAUGCCCUUCGCUGGCUGCAGCUGUACAUCUACAAGGACCGUGAGGUCACCAAACAGCUAGUGAAGCGAGCUGAGAAGAUGGGUUACAAGGCCAUAUUUCUGACUGUAGACACUCCUUACUUGGGCACCCGCUUUGAUGAUGUGCGUAACAGGUUUAAACUGCCACCACAGCUCAGGAUGAAAAAUUUCGAAAGCAAUGAUUUAGCAUUUUCUCCUAAGGAAAAUUUUGGUGACAACAGUGGACUUGCUGAGUAUGUGGCAAAAGCUAUAGACCCAUCUAUUAGCUGGGAGGACAUCACAUGGCUGAGGGGACUGACGUCACUGCCCCUUGUGGCCAAGGGCAUUUUGAGAGGUGAUGAUGCCAGGGAGGCAGUUAAACGUGGUGUGGAUGGGAUCUUGGUGUCCAAUCAUGGGGCUCGACAACUCGACGGAGUGCCAGCCACUAUUGAUGCUUUGCCAGAAAUUGUGGAGGCUGUGGAAGGGAAGGUGGAGGUCUUCCUGGAUGGGGGUGUAAGGAAAGGCACGGAUGUUCUGAAAGCUCUGGCUCUGGGUGCCAAAGCUGUUUUUGUGGGGAGACCCAUCAUCUGGGGCUUGGCUUUCCAGGGGGAGAAAGGUGUCCAAGAUGUCCUGGAGAUACUAAAGGAAGAAUUCCGCUUGGCCAUGGCACUGAGUGGGUGCCAGAAUGUGAAAGUCAUCGACAAGACAUUGGUGAGGAAAAAUCCUUUGGCUGUUUCCAAGAUCUGACAGUGCACAAUAUUUCCCCAUCUGUAUUCUUUUUUUUUCAGCAUGUAUUACUUGACAAAGAGACACUGUGCAGAGGGUGACCACAGUCUGUAAUUCCUCACUUCGAUACAAAGGGUGUCGUUCUUCUCCAACAAAAUAGCAAUCCCUUUUACUUCAUUGCUUUUGACUUUUCAAUGGGUGUCCUAGGAACCUUUUAGAAAGAAAUGGACUUGCAUCCUGGAAAUAUAUUAACUGUUAAAAAGAAAACAUUGAAAAUGUGUUUAGACAACCUCAUCCCCUGGCAGGCUAAAGUGCUGGAAAACAGAAGAUAUCUUUUGGUAGAAUUGGAGGUAGGGCACGGGAGUAAAAUGAUAGUGAUCUCACUGUUUACUAGCCCUCUUUGUGCUUGAAUAUUCUUGAAAUGGUGGUUCUUAUAUUGUAAGCUCAGGUUGAGAAUGCUGAAAAUGCCUGGAACAACAUGAGAUUUGGAUUUACAUCAUGGAGAAUUAGCACUGGAUUGGAUUGGAAUAGUGGGUGGUAAUUUGUAUUUUCUAAAUACUUUUACUUUUUGACACCCUCAGCUGCGCCGUUUCUUUGAAUGGGGAUUUCCAGUGGCAUAUUAAGUAUCUGAAUAUUUGUAAAUGUAUUACAAUGUACAUUACCUCAAUCAGGGAGAAAUAAAGCAUUUUCUGGAAAGAAUA